UUGGACUUUCAAGGAAUGGAAAAAGUUCGAGUUAACGUUAUUCUUGUUUGGUUUUUAGCUGUUUAUACUUGCUGCGCAUUUGGAACAGCRCCAUUGAGAUUGCUGUACAAAACAUCCACUCCAUCAUCAGUGCAAGGUAUUUUACAGAUYUAUUACAAUGGUAMAUGGGGAACAAUAUGUKAUGACUCCUGGGGCAUGAAAGAAACAAACAUCGCCUGUAAACAGCUUGGCUACGUGAGUGCAGCGAAGACCAAGUACUUAGGACAAGGAUCUGGUCCAAUUUGGCUUGAUGAUGUAUAUUGUAAUGGUGAUGAAUCGUCACUAGAUCAGUGCCAACACCCAGGAUGGGGUAAACAUAACUGCAGGCACACUGAGGAUGUUGGUGUUGUGUGCUAUGCAGGACCAGCGCCAUUGAGGUUACAGCGUAAAAGAUUCUCUCCGUCAUUAGUUCAAGGUGUUUUACAGAUUUAUCACAAUGGUCAAUGGGGAACGGUAUGUAAUCGCACAUGGAAUAUGUCUCAUACAAUCGUGGCAUGUAAACAACUUGGAUUUAAAGAUGCAGAGAGCUUUAAGCACUUACGACGAGGAUAUGGUCCAGUUUGGCUCGAUGAAGUACAAUGUAAUGGCAAUGAAUCGUCACUACACCAGUGUCAACACCGAGGAUGGGGUGUUCAUAGCUGCAGUCACAGCCAGGAUGUUGGUAUCGUGUGUAAUACAGGUCCUCCUGUCAAAGUUCGACUGAUUGGUGAUGUGCCUAAUGCUGGUCGAGUACAAUUGUUGUACAAAGGUGUCUGGAAAAACCUCUGUGACUCCAAUUGGUAUUCUAAUUCUGCCAAAGUCAUUUGUCGAAUGGCUGGUUAUCCUGAUGGUCAUGCUGCAUACUUCCGUCGCUUCGAGGGCUCUGGCGAAGUGUGGCUUUCAAGUUCUUCCUGCAAUUCCUACGAACAGUCAAUMGAAACAUGUUGGAACCUAAACUGGGGACAAGCGACUUGUUCGGAUAACAAGACAGCAGGAGUAGUUUGCAAAUCAGGAUCACCGAAUGUUGCAUUUCGCCUCGUUAAUGGAUCAGUACCUCAUGCAGGAAGACUGGAAAUGCGCUACUAUGGGUUAUGGAGACCAGUAUUUCUACUUGUGGAAUAUUUUCCUCUGCAAGAGCUUCGGUUGAAUGACGUUCAUGCAGUUUGUCGCAUGUUGGGGUAUGAUCACACUAUUACAUUCAACACGUUCAAAGAUGGCAGAACCACCAGCUAUCGAGUGUGGAUACAUUGCCAGGGAUUUGAAAAAAGAACGUCACAGUGUCGUAAAUUCUAUGUGGAUUACCAGGACGAUUACCAGGGCCAGAAUACCUGGAUAGUUUGCCAACCCUAUGCAGGUAUAUUACCAGCAUCCUCCGCGAGCAAACUACAAUACUUAUCCCCCUUAUAA